GUAAGGAAUUGGUUGAUUUUGUAAGCCUGUUUACUACUAAUUUCAUGUGUAUGACUUCAUAUUUUCAUGUCAUUUUAGGAUCAGCUCAUGGGGUUGGAGGAAAUCGAGUAGGACGCAAAAGCAGCCCGUUAGUUAAACCUAAAUCUGAUUGCUAUCUGGAUGAUGAGUCUUUCUCACAUGACCAAUGUCCUUUGAAAGAUGGUGGUGUAGGCAUGUCUACCAAACGAAGAAGGCUAAAAGCUAAGGCUCUUGUGAAGAACCAAGAAUAUAAGGCUCUUGAGAAGAAGCAAGAAUUGAUGACUACUAAUGGAAAAGCUGAAAAUCUUUUGAGAGCCAAUGCUUUUAAAUCAGAUAAUCCCCUUUUCAUGGUUAUCAUGCAACCAUCAUACAUUCGUAAGGGUGGUAUGAGUUUACCCCAUGACAUUAUCAAUUACUUACUGAGAAAAGGCUUUAUCACCAAAGGAGGUGUACUCACUGUGAAGCUCCAGGUUAUGGACCAGUUUUGGCCUGUGAAGUUAUACGCUUAUGAAGGAAUGUACCGGAGUUUAGUUUGCAAGUUAUCUGCUGGUUGGUCUACAUUUGCAACGGAAAAUACUUUGCAAGUAGGAGAUGUUUGUGUGUUUGAGCUGAUUAUGAGGGACGAUGUUGUGUUAAAAGUCCACAUUUUCAGAUGCCUCAAUUAAGUGGUUUCUAACGUUGCAUUGUAAAUAAUGCAUUAUGUAUCAUCUUGGGAGCUUAUUAUUUUGCUACUACUCUGUUCAAAACCUUUUUAUCCCUUUUUGUGUUUUUGGAUUGGAGGUUGAUGUUUUGUUAUAUCCAUAGCCCUGGACUUUCAGGGGCUUCUAUCAAUAGGUUUUGUAUAUUUUGUCCAACAAUCUUGACCCCUAUUGAAG